UCAAGCAAGCUUACUGCAUGCUGGCCAUUUCCUAGUGCCCUCAAAGUGGAGACUCAGCAGUCACACGGGGCACACUCCUCUGGAUGCACUGCCCUACUUUCUGGGCACUACGCAUUUUGUUACAGAAGACAAGGCAUUUACAGAGUCUUUUAGAUGUUUCUAGGACAGCACAAAAAAUGAAUCCUCUAAUUCCAGCACUCUGGAGCAGAGGACACCAGUGAGUUUGAGGCCAGCCUGGUCUAAAUGUCAAGUUUCAGGCUAGCCAGAGCUACAUGAAGAACUGGGGAUGAGGAUCAUACAUGGAAAUAAGUGACACAUUCAGAUGAUUUCAUUUUAAUAAGAAGUUCUUCGUUUCCAGCCGACAGUCAUCUUGCCAAUGUUACUAUUUGUACAAACCUUCCACAGAGCAAGAACUCAGCAAGGGCAUGCAUACAAAUCACUGGCAUCAUCCAACCAUAAAUUGUACAUAUGAACUUCCUUGUUUCAACAUUCUGGCUUCUAUGUCUUUACUGAGUAUUUUCUACAACUACUAUAUUACAACAUGUUAAUAGAUCAAGAGGCUUUCAGAAUAUGGACUCUUUCCCCUUACGAAAAACUCGAAAUACAUGUACAUAGGCACACACAGUUCUUGGCAGGGUCAUCAUCACAAAAGAAAAUUUCAAGAUAUAAAUCUCGUAAUAUUUCUCUGGUAAAAUUACAAGUUUAUAACUAUUACUAGGUAAGUGCCAAAUCAGAGGCUUAGCACAAUGCACAGGAAUACUAGCCCCUGAAAGGUCCCUGUACCCCUGACAAUCCAAGUGCCAUCUGGAAUAGAGAAGGCCAGCUGGAUGCCUUUAACCAAAGACAUGACUGACACCUGAGCUGACAUACAGACGAGGACUCCCUCUCUUCUGCAAUUUCUCUCAUGGUGACCAUUCAUCUACGUUAUUUUACUCUCUCCAUCCCUUCAGAUUCCACAGCUCAUCUGUUGGUAAAUCAAGGGAAACCUUAUUUAAUUCCUAUUUCUGUUUUCAUGGCCUUGUUUCAGGCCCUGACCACUUCUCACUAGUUUCUGUCAACUUACCUUUAUUUUAUUUGUGUUUAGUUCAUUGAGAUGGAGGGAACACAGGCGUCAGAAAGACCUGGGUUCCUCCUAUUCAAGGGUGGUUAUUUAUAUCUAGGAGACAAGCUCUGAAUCGUACUGGGCCUUAAUUGUUUUACCCACAAAAUACUAUCUAUUCCCUUUUGUGCAUGCUAGAGAGAGCUGAUGUGUCAGUAUGUUGACACCAUUGAAAUCUAUAUGGAACAUCAGAAAUUGGCUUUGGAUCUGAAUCAGGAAGUUGUGUGCUAACUUGCUAUAGCUGGAUCUCUAUUUUAAAAGACAGUGUAACAGUCAAAAAGGUUCUUUCAAAAACAGUUAUUAAACAAGCUGGAUUUAAGAUUCUCACUUUCAGAUUUUCUCAGAAACUUUUUUUUUUUUUUGGAGACAGGGUUUCUCUGUGUAGCCCUGGCUGUCCUGGAACUCACUCUGUAGACCAGGCUGGCCUCGAACUCAGAAAUCCGCCUGCCUCUGCCUCCCGAGUGCUGGGAUUAAAGGUAUGCACCAUCACUGCCCAGCUUCUCAGAAACUUUUUAGGGAACUAGUGGCCCAUAGAAUUUUAUAACUUGUCAUUUGGAUGCAGCAAGGGUGAGCUACUGCAGGGAAAACUGACUCGUAGAAAAGAAUUUACCUAAAAUCUAUCUUAAAACUUCACUUACUUCAUAAUUGGCACUUGAAAGCAGUAGGAGUAAGUAAGCUAUCCUGAUACUUUCCUGAAUCCCCCCCCCCCCCACCUUGGGCUUCCUUCCUUCCUUCCUUCCUAUUAGUAUACAGCCAUUGUACAGAGCCUCUCUUCCACUGUCUUCAUGCACAUGCGCACUGCACCUUAGCCAUGCUGAUCCUCCCAUCACCGUUAGCAGAAAACCACCCAAAAGAGGACAUGACUCGACUUAGUGUUUUGUUUCUCAAAUGGCAUUAUUUUAUGAGACUUAGAAAAAACAAUUUUGCUUGGAACACAAACUCUGUUACAGGGCUUACAGUUGACUGCAGUUAAGCAGAAAUUGGUAGUGAGGGCUGGAAAUGCAAAAGCCUUAAAAAAACAAAAUCCUGUUAAGUUUUAGUCUAGUAACAUUCCAGCUCUGACACAUUCUUUAGAAAACACAAGUAUUUGGACAAGGAAAGACAGCCUAUAAUAAACUAGUUUAGGCAUUUAAUCUCUUUUGAGGAGUAUAAUAAAGCUAUAAGCUCUUUGUAGGUUUGUCAAUGUUUCAGCAGACAGCUCUAGAUGGACCAACAAGCAUCUAAGCAGAGACUGCAAUGCAAAACACACUGAAAGCAAAACUCUUAACAGUAAUCUUUGCUCACACAUAUGUGCAUGUAAUGAUUUAAAGUAAUAGUAAAUGAAGUCAUGAUAAAAUUAUAUAACCAUGGGGCUGGAGAGAUGGUUCAGCGGUCAAGAGCACUGACUGCUCUUCUAAAGGUCCUGAGUUCAAUUCCUAGCAACAAUAUGGUAGCUCACAACCAUCUGUAAUGGGAUCCAAUGCUCUCUUCUGGUGUCUGAAGACAGCUACAGUACACUCACAUACAUAAAAUAAUGAAUAAAUCUUUUAAAAAAUUGUAUAACCGUUUUGCAAUUUACAAAGAAUCAAGAGAUCUCAACAUGAUUAUCAAUCAACAUCUUGAAAUCAAUCAGACCUUAUGCAAACCACCAGCCUUAGCUCUCAAUAGGAAAUAGAAAAUAAAUGAGUAGAAAGAAACUGAAUCUGAGUAUUAUGAAACUUGUAGAACAAUUAAUCAGGUAUCGGAAAUAGGGGUUGGUGAGAUGACUUAGCAGGUAAGAAACCUGUUGCCAAGCCUGACUUUCUGAGUUUAAUCAUUGGGACACACAUGCAAACUGUCUUCUGACCACACAGUGUGCUGAGCCAUACACACCCUUCCCCACAUCACGCAUGCAAAAACCAAAUAAGAUGUUAACAAAAAUUUAAGAAUUUUAGGAAAUGCAAUCAACAAAAGUACUAUGAGAAAUCAAACAGGAAUGAUGACCCAAAAGAAGGAAGAAAAAGAAGAAAGAAAAUAAAUAGAUCUUGAGGAUUAUCCUGAGCUAAUGGUUGAUGGAGAAGAGAAAGCCAUUUUCUUCCGUGGUACCCUCACUGCUACUGUGUCCAUGGUCUGUAAAUAAGCUAAUAAAACAGCCUGCCGGGACACUGAUGCAAAGAUUCAACCCAGGAAAGUAGAAGAGGGCUGGCAGCGAUGAGAAGGAGGACAAGGGAGGUCAAGAGGAUGUGAAACAUGAUGGAAUGCCUUAUGCAUAUGUAUGAAUAUGCUUAAUAAGAAACACACAAAUCCCAUCAGUUACGUAAAGAAGCAAUUAAACUCUGAGAGACCUGUGAAGACCCUUUAAAAAGGAAACACUGAGAAUACUAGAGGCUUUUUUUUUGUCUUGUUUUGUUUCUCUGUGUAGUGCUGGCUGUGUCAGGACUGGUUCUGUAGAACAGGGUGUCCUUGAACUCAGAUAGAUCUGCCUGCCUCUACCUCCUAAGUGCUGUGACACCACUGCCCUGCUGUAGCUUUAAUGUUAAGCCAGGUUUAUAGUUUAGAGAAAAUCUCAAGAGCAUACAUGGUAAGAUUUAUACAUUAUUUUUCAGAAAUAGGGCAGAAAUAGAUUUUUACUUCACAUUAUACACUUUUCCCAAUUAAAAAUCACUGGAAAAGAAGUUGCCAAUGAACCAGCUUCCAAAUUCAGAUGCUGUUUAAAAAUGAACAGUGACAAAGUUUCUGCCAAAAAUCUAUGUAUACAAGCAGCAUGCAGCUUUUUCUGUGCUUUUCUAUAUAAGGCUGUGACAUGAGUAAAUUUAUUGCACUCCACAGCAAAGGCAUUAGCUGGAUGAAAAUAUUGUCUCACAGGUAAAAAUCCCAAGUGUGUGAACUGCUAUACAGCUAAUGGAGGAGACUCUCCAUUUUAUCUUCUUUUCUCAAAAGGGAAAAACAGCCUAGGCCUCAUUCCAAAUAAAAUCAUCUUAUGCUAAAGUUUAGAGUUUACCCUCUAAAUAUCAAAGAGAACACAUAAGAAUAGAACUUGAAUCAGGUCAUGAACUGGUUGGAACACGAUUAACGAGGAGUUUUAUGAAUUACAAUGACUAUAGCUAUAUUCUAAUAAUGACAGUAUCAAAGAGGAAACAACCUCUCUGGCAGGCAGACAGCUGCACAACACAUUUGUUACACUGCUUACGAGCACCAGCCGCUAAGACUCAGAGCAAGUCAGUGGGGGAGGAUCUGCCAGGAGAGGGAGUCCAACUGAACAGACACAGGACGGCUGGCUUAGGAAGCCACAGAAGACAAGCGUCUUCUGGAAUCUAAGCCUCUAGAAAAUCUAAAAUGUGGAUGUCUUACCUGCAAACACGGACAGACGUGUACACAGUCCCAUCUUCGAGAGCCUGAAUCUUUUUAGAAGGAAGAAGUCACCUUGGCUGUGAGUGUCUGGUAGGUUUGCUAAAUGCUUUGCUAAAGCAGAUGACUUGCUUAGCUACUGACCAUGCUGACCACUGUCUGGAACUGGACUGAGUCACCAAAAGGCGAAUGGCUUCAUCUUAUAAAAUGUCUGAACAAAGCACAACUUCUGAGCACAUUUUACAGAAGACAUGUGAUCACCUGAUCCUGACUAACCGUUCUGGAUUAGAGACAGACUCAGUAGCAGAGGAAAUGAAGCAGACUGUGGAGGGACAGGGGCAUACAGUGCACUGGGCAGCUCUCCUGAUACUCGCGGUGAUAAUACCCACCAUUGGUGGGAACAUCCUUGUGAUUCUGGCUGUUGCACUGGAGAAAAGGCUGCAGUACGCUACCAACUACUUUUUAAUGUCCUUGGCGAUAGCAGAUUUGCUGGUUGGAUUGUUUGUGAUGCCGAUUGCCCUCUUGACAAUCAUGUUUGAGGCUAUAUGGCCCCUCCCACUGGCCCUGUGUCCUGCCUGGUUAUUCCUCGAUGUUCUCUUUUCAACUGCCUCCAUCAUGCAUCUCUGUGCCAUUUCCCUGGACCGCUAUAUAGCCAUCAAAAAGCCAAUUCAGGCCAAUCAGUGCAACUCCCGGGCUACUGCAUUCAUCAAGAUUACAGUGGUAUGGUUAAUUUCAAUAGGUAUGUGGGGAAUGCCUCUAUUUCCAUAUGGCCAGAAUGCCAGCUCUGGCAUCGCCAUCCCAGUCCCUAUUAAAGGAAUCGAGACUGAUGUGAUUAAUCCACACAAUGUCACCUGUGAGCUGACAAAGGACCGCUUUGGCAGUUUUAUGGUCUUUGGGUCACUGGCUGCUUUCUUCGCACCUCUCACCAUCAUGGUAGUCACUUACUUUCUCACCAUUCACACUUUACAGAAGAAAGCUUACUUGGUCAAAAAUAAGCCACCUCAACGCCUAACACGGUGGACUGUGCCCACAGUUUUCCUAAGGGAAGACUCAUCCUUUUCAUCACCAGAAAAGGUGGCAAUGCUGGAUGGGUCUCACAGGGAUAAAAUUCUACCUAACUCAAGUGAUGAGACACUUAUGCGAAGAAUGUCCUCAGUUGGAAAAAGAUCAGCCCAAACCAUUUCUAAUGAGCAGAGAGCCUCGAAGGCCCUUGGAGUCGUGUUUUUCCUUUUUCUGCUUAUGUGGUGCCCCUUUUUUAUUACAAAUCUAACUUUAGCUCUGUGUGAUUCCUGCAAUCAGACCACUCUCAAAACACUCCUGGAGAUAUUUGUGUGGAUAGGCUACGUUUCCUCGGGGGUGAAUCCUCUGAUCUAUACACUCUUCAAUAAGACAUUUCGGGAAGCAUUUGGCAGGUACAUCACCUGCAAUUACCGAGCCACAAAGUCAGUAAAAGCACUUAGGAAGUUUUCCAGUACACUUUGUUUUGGGAAUUCAAUGGUAGAAAACUCUAAAUUUUUCACAAAACAUGGAAUUCGAAAUGGGAUCAACCCUGCCAUGUACCAGAGCCCAAUGAGGCUCCGAAGUUCAACCAUUCAGUCCUCAUCAAUCAUCCUCCUCGAUACCCUUCUCACUGAAAACGAUGGCGACAAAGCGGAAGAGCAGGUCAGCUACAUAUAGCAGAACGGGCCGCCCUCAUCUGAGAGAGGUGAUGAGCAGGACGCACGCGCAACAUGGAAAGGUACAGAGUGAAUGAAAACCCCACCCUCUCCUGAGUGAAGUACCAAGGCUGUCCAGCUUCCUUAUCUAAACAAACUCAAGCAUGGCUAAAGUAGAUCUGAUGGCUUCAAACAAACGCAAUCUCUACUCUGGUUUUCAAAUACAAUUAAAUAAGUUGAUAAAUUUCAGUCUUUUAAAAAAAAAGAAUGUCAACAAAUUUUUAAGUUUCUAAUGUGUGUAAAGUUGUGUUAAGAAAGAAAUAAAAUGAAACAAAAAAAUGUUAACUCUCUACGUUUUUAAAAGCACAAAGAACAAUGACAGGACCAAGAGGAAAAAGCAAAGACUACAGGAUCUAGGCCAGGGGAUGGUUCAGUGCUCACCACGAAGGAAUAAGGAGUUGGUGUGGUCCCCUGCACCCACAUAAAGAGCUGGAUGUAGUGUUGCCUGCCUGCGAUCUACUGCUGGGAGGCAGAGACAGGAGAAUCCCUGAGCUUGGUGGUCAGCCAUCUUGCUGAUCCAGUGAGCUCCAGAUUCAGUGAGACACCCACCCCACAAUGCAAACUCAGAAAAACCUGCCCCAUACUGAGUCUUCCUCUCCCCACAAAUACACACGUAAAACCCUAAAACUAAAUCAAACAACAAAAAACCCAUCGAUCAUAUUUGUCUGUGAGAGAAGAAUGACUUCAAUGGUGAUAUAAUUAACGUAGUCAUGACUUUCCUCAGUCAGGAAGCUAUGUUGACAGAAGCAAUGGGGAGGACAGCAGUUAGAUUCAGGCAAUAUAACAGAGCUUAGAAGCACAACUGUUAACAGGCAUUUGAUGAGCAGAGGCAGGUCCCUGGAAGAGGUGGAGGAGAAAGCAAAGUGUCCUUGGGUACUUGAACCGAGUUAUAUUCCUUAAAGGCAUGAAUCAGCAUGCUGAAAUGGGAAUAUGGAACCUCAAUUCAGAGGCCCGAACAAUAUGAGAUCUCACAAACCCAGGCUACCUCCGCCUGUAUUUACCCAACAAUGUGGUUGACCUUCUGGAGCAAAAUUUUCAUUUUUAUUGUUUGUUAUUUCAUCUUGCAUUGAUACAGGUGGAAAUGAGUCAACCUGUACUGGACAGCUGACUAAAUUUAUAAAUGAUAUUCAGUUUAACCUCACCUCAAUCUUUGCACCUACAUUUUGUGCCAUUUAUUUAUUUAUUUAUUUAUUUAUUUACAGUGUAAAUACACUGUAGCUGUCUUCAGACACACCAGAAGAGGGCGUCAGAUAUCAAUUUAGAUGUGGUUGCUGGGAUUUGAACUCAGGACCUUCAGAAGAGCAAUCUUUCUUGCUGAGCCAUCUCACCAGCCCUUUUGUGCCAUUCUUAAUAGGGAUCAGUAAAUAGUAGUCAAUUCUCUUGGCUGUUGAUGUAUCCAUUCAAUGCUAUUUACACAAAUGGUAAGCAAACAUAGGUAGGGGGAAGUGGUAAUAAUGACAAGCCCAUACCUUAGCUUUGCCAUUGCAAGCUGACAUGAAUUUAUACCUUGUUCUCCUGCUCUGUCCCUGAGCCCUUCUAGGCGAUUGAGUUUAGGAUGAUUAUUUUAUGAAAUGUACGAGCUAUGGAAAAUCUUGUUACAAGUAAACCAGACAUAUUCCUCUAGUGGUAGAAUCUUUUCCUAAAGCAUGGAUGUGAUGCACAGACCCCAACAUGUUACAUAUAUGCAUUGGCUCUGUAUCAUCUGCCAGCCAAAGUAUAUCUCAUUUAAUCCAUUUAUCAUUAAAACAUUAGGCAUUUU